AUGUUUGUGGACCGGGGUUUCCAUCAGAAGCUGGUGGGGAAAAAAUUUUUUCCCCCCCCCCCAAAAAAGGGGGUUUUUAAAAGGGGGGGGGGGUGGGGGGGGGGGGGAGGGGGGGGGGGGGAGGGGGGGGGAGGGGGGGGGCCGGGGGGUUGGGGGGGUUUUUUUUGGGGGGGGGGGGGGGGGGGGGGGGGGGGGGGGGGGGGGGGGGGGGGGGGGGGGGGGGGGCGGGGGGGGGGGGGGGGGGGAAAGGGGGGGGGGGCGGGGGGGAGGACCCGGGGGGGGGGGGGGGGGGGCCCGGGGGGGGGGGGGGGGGGGGGGGGGGGCCGGGGGGGGGGGGGGGGGGGGGGGGGGGGGGGGGGGGUGGGGGUUUGGGGGGGGGGGGGAGGGGGGGUGGGGGGGUUUGGGGGGGGGGGGGGGGGGGGGGGGGUGGGGGGGGGGGGGGGGGAAGGGGGGGGGUGAGGAGGGGUUGGGGGGGGGGGGGGGGGGGAGGGGGGGGGGGGAGGGGGGGCGGGAAAAGGGGGGGGGGGGGGGGGGGGGGUUUUUGGGGGGGGGGGGGGGGGGGGUUGGGGGGGGGGUUUUUUGGGGGGGGGGGGGGGGGGGGGGGGGGAAAGGGGGGGGGGGGGGGGGGGGGGGGGGGGGGGUUUUUGGGGGGGGGGGGGGGGGGGGGGGUUUUGGGGGGGGGGGGGGGGGGGUUUUUUGGGGGGGGGGGGGGGGGGGGAGGGGGUGGUUUUGGGGGGGGGGGGGGGGUGGGGUUGGGGGGGGGGGGUGGGGGGGGGGGGGGGGGGGGGGAAGGGGUGUGAUUGGGGGGGGGUUUUGGGGGGGGGGAGGUUGGGGGGGGGGGGGUGGGGGGGGUGGGGGGGUUUUGAGGGGGUGGGGGGGGGGUGAUGAGGGGGGGUUUUUGGGGGGGGAAUUUAGGUGUGUGGAAGGGGGGGGGGGGGGUUUUUUUUGAAAAUUUUUAAGGGGGGGGUUUUAGGGGGUUUUUGGGGGGGGGUUUAGGGGGGGGGUUUUGGGGGGGGGGGGGGGGGGUGGGGGGGUUUUUUUUGGGGGGGGGGGGUUGGGGUUUUUUUGGGGGGGGGGAAGGGGUUUUUUUUUUUUGGGGGGUUUUGGGGGGGGGGGGGGGGGAAAAAAAAAGGGGGGGGGGGGGCCAAAAAGGGGGGGAAAAAUUUUAAUUUUUUUUUUUUUUGGGGGGGUUUUUUAAAAACCCUUUUUUUUUUUUUUUAUCCCUUUUUUCCCCCCGGGGGAAAAACCAAAAAAAAAAAAAAAAAAAAAAAAAAAAAAAAAAAAACCCCCCCAAAAAAAAAAAAAAAAGGAAAAAAAAAAAAAUUUUUAAAAAAAACAAAACCCCCCCUUUUUUUAAAAAAUUUUUUUUUUUUCCCCCAAAUUUUUAACCCCCCCCCCCCCAAAAAUUUUUUUUAAAAAAACAAAAAUUGGGGAAAAAAAAAAAAAAAAAAAAAACCCUUCCAAAAAAAAUUUUUAAAAAACCCCCCCAAAACCCAAAAAAUUUUUUUCCAAAAAAAUUUUUUUAAAAAAUUUUUUUAAAAAACCCCCCAAAAAAAAAAAAGAAAACCCCAAAAAAAAAAUUUUUUUAAAAAAAAAAAAAUUUUUUUUAAAAAAAAAAAAAAAAAAAGGGGGGAAAAAAAAAAAAAAAAAAAAAAAAAAAAAAAGGGAAAAAAAAAAAAAAAGGGGGAAGGGGGGAAAAAAAAAAAAAGGGGGAAAAAAAAAAAAAGGGAAAAGGGGAAAAAAAAAAAAAAAAAAAAAAAAAAAAAAAAAAAACCCCCCCUUUCUCUUCUUUCUCUCCCCUCUCUCGCCCUUUCCCCUUCUCUUAUCUUUUACUUCCCCCCCCAGCCAGCCUUGUUAGAGAGGGCCCCACCAGGUUGGGUCAGGGUCCCGUCAGCCCCCAAAAAUUGCCCCGAACCUCUCCAGGAAAAAGGGGGGGUCCAACACCCUUCCAAACCCCCCUGUUUACUACGGGGGUCAUUGGACUCAACACUUAUUGUAGUUGUAGUCUUUUGUUGUAGUUGUAGUUGCCCCGCAAUAGUUUGAACUUUUGAAAGAGCUCCAUUUUAAACAUUUCUUUCCCGACACAAAACUUUUUUUUUCCACAAGGGGGUAGAGUUGGCUAGUUUUUGGUAGAGUUUUUACUGGGUUUGGGCCAGAGUUUGGGUAGUAGUUGGCUAGUGUUUGGGCCCUAUUGGCCAUAGUUGGAGUAUUUGGGCCCGUGUUGGCAGUAGUUGGAGUAUUGGCCAUAGUUUUCCCGUAGUUGGCCAGUGUUGGCCAGUAGUUGGUGUAUUGGCUAUAGUUUGGCCAUGUUUGGGCCCGUUUGGCAGUAGUUGGCCAUGUUGGCUAGUAGUUGGGGGCCCGUGUUUGGGUGUGUUGGGUAGAGUUGACUAUAGGGCCAUAGGUGGCCCAAAUUUGGCCCUAUUUUGCUAAGUUGGCCCGUAGUUGGCCCGUAGUUGGCUAGUAUUGGCCGUGUUUGGGUAGUAGUUGGCUAGUAGUUGCUAGUAGUUGGCCAGGAGUUGGGGUAGUAGUUGGCCAGUGUUUGGCCGUGUUUGGGCCCGUAGUUGGUAGUAUUGACUAAAUUGGCCAGUGUUUGGGCCUAGUUGGUAGUGUUGGCUAGUAUUCUAGUUGGCCAGUGUUGGCCCGUAUUGGCCAGUAGUGGGUAUAGGGGCCGUAGUUGGGUAGUAGUUGGUAGUAGUUGAAUGUAGUUUGGGCCCGUAGUUGGGUAGUAGUUUUGGGUAGUAGUUUUGGGCCAGUGUUGGCUAGUAGUUUGGCCCUAUUUUGGGCCCGUAGUUGGCAGUAGUUGCCCCUAGUUGGCUAUAGUUUGGUAGUGUUUUUGAGUGGCCAGUAGGGCCAUGGGCUAUAGUUGGGCCGUAUGGGGGAUACUUUUUAGAGUUUGGCCCCUAGUUUGGGCCCGUAGUUUGGCUAGUAGUUUGGGUAGAGUUGGCCGUAGUUUUGGUAGUAGUUGGUAGUAGUUGGCAAACCCGGGUUUUUACAACUACAUUUAUUGUAUUGGAAGGAAAGAUAAAAGGAUUUUGAAGAUGUGUGGUGUUGUUUGUGUUGUGUCCCGGGGGAGGGAGUUGGAGAAGCCAGAAGGUGUUUGAGGAAUUAAGAAAAAUCUGCGGAGGAAAAGCCCCCACUAUGGAACGGUACGUUCCCCUAGGAACAGGUACAUCUGAAAAAAGGAACAGGUCAUCUGAAAAGGAACAGGUCGCUCACUAUGGAACAGGUACAUCUCACUGUGGAACAGGUACGUCUCACUAUGGAACAGGUACGUCUCACUAUGGAACAGGUACAUCUCACUAUGGAACAGGUACAUCUCACUAUGGAACAGGUACAUCUCACUGUGGAACAGGUACGUCUCACUAUGGAACAGGUACAUCUCACUAUGGAACAGGUACAUCUCACUGUGGAACGGUACUCUCACUAUGGAACAGUAUAAUCGUCCGCUAUGAACAGGUACAUCUCACUAUGGAACAGGUACAUCUCACUAUGGAAAGUAAAACCAACUAUGGACAGGUACAAUCUCACUAUGGAAAGGUACAUCUCACUGUGGAACAGGUACAUCUCACUAUGGAACAGGUACAACUCACUAUGGAACAGGUACGUCUGAAAUGGAACAGGUACGUCUCACUAUGGAACAGGUACAUCUCACUAUGGAACAGGUACAUCUCACUAUGGAACAGGUACGUCUCACUAUGGAACAGGUACAUCUCACUAUGGAACAGGUACGUCUCACUAUGGAACAGGUACAUAUCACUAUGGAACAGGUACAUCUCACUAUGGAACAGGUACGUCUCACUAUGGGAACAGUACAUCUCACUAUGGAACAGGUAG